UCAGACUUGGAGGGUGACGCCACCACCCACAGCCCUCUUAACUAUUUGUGUUUGGGACUGGAGAUUAGUUUCUGGGAUGCCAUUCACUGUCAAGCAGGUUGCAGACUGCACAAGAGCACGCAAGCAAGGAGGACUAAAAUCCAGCCGUUGCCCCUUUCACUGUAGAGCCGAAUCCACCCAGAGGAAGGGGUGACUUUUUCUGAUUCACACGAAGACAACAUAUGGGCUAGAGGAUCCCUGCUGCCUUGGUGAUCCCGGGCUGACAGCCAGAGAGCACAGCGGCUCAGCUCCUGGAGAGUGAGGGUUGAAGAAAGCGGAGGGCAGCUGCCUGCGCCCGCUGGCUCCCAUUGGGUCGGUUCCUGCAGCGGUGCCCGGUGGCCUUGGUGAAGGCCCUGCCCGGCAGAGAUCAUGUAUUGCCUCCAGUGGCUGCUGCCCGUCCUCCUCAUCCCCAAGCCCCUCAACCCCGCCCUGUGGUUCAGCCACUCCAUGUUCAUGGGCUUCUACCUGCUCAGCUUCCUUCUGGAGCGGAAGCCUUGCACGAUUUGUGCCUUGGUUUUCCUGGCAGCCCUGUUCCUCAUCUGCUAUAGCUGCUGGGGAAACUGUUUCCUGUACCACUGCUCUGAUUCCCCGCUUCCGGAAUCGGCGCACGACCCCGGCGUUGUGGGCACCUAACAGCCUGCCCUGUUAGCUUUCCAAGGAAGCAGAAGAUGGGAGGGGAGGCAUUGACAUAGGUCAUAAAGCAUUGGAGUUUCAAAUCCCGCAGCCCCGCGGGUGCCACAUUCCUGACGGCGCCUUUUUUGGCCUGUGAUGUUUUAUCCUUAUAAUGUGAAUAAUGGCACUGACCGGUGCUUUUAUUGUAGAGUCCUAUAGUCGUGGGUGGUCUUGUGAUUGUGUGUGUUCUGUCCCCAUCUCGGUUCCUCCCCUUGCUCCCCAAGGCUGGCAGGAUGGUCACCCCCCUCGCCUCAUUCCUGCGAGGAGUCUGCACCCAUCCUGGUCAACCGUCCCAGCAUGACCUGGGCAGAUAAAAUGCCAGUCUCGUCACCUCUGUGACCCCUCCUUGUCAGGGCCUCUUCCCUUCCCAGAAUGUUACCAACCCCUCAGUCCCUCUCCUGGUUUCCCUUUAGUUCUCUUGCGCCCCUUUCCUUUUUGGGGGAGCACCUGUCCAAGACAGGGCUCAUUUUUGCACUUAUCUCGAAUUUAAAGAGAUUGCUGACGCCCGAGAGCCUCGCUUUUUCAUCCUUCUUUCCCCGGUCAGCAGGCUAGACAGAAACAUGUCUUGACUGUUUGUUGUCCACAGAUCUCCAGUAUUUUCUCCGCUUCAUUUUUAAGAAAGAAGUAACAGAUGCUUGUUGCUCUUUCACCUGGGUUUCUGGGCUCAUGCUUACCAGCCCAGCCUCGCUUUCUUUGCCCUUCCUCCUGCCUUUCUCAACUGUCCCGAGGAGGGGGGGCCUCAUUGUGUCUCCUGUGCAUGCUCUGCAGGAUUGAGGUGUGGUGUGUCCACGUAGAUCUAGCAGUCCCCAGCUGAGUGAAUGGAAGAGUACUUGUGUGUUUUUUCAUAACAGCCAUGAUCCCCUUGAUAGGUGUUUGAAUAUAUUUUGGUGUGCCGUGAGUGUGUGUGUGUAUGUGUGCGUGUGCGUGUACAAAUACAUGUGUAUAUUCCUUUUAAAGAAGCUUUAUCGAACGUGUUCUGAUUUUGAGGUUUAGCAAUAGCUAGCUAUAAUAGGUGCCGCUGCAGUUUUUAUUUAGCAUGGGGAUCACAGGGUGACCAGCACGCUGGACUCCGAGGUGGUUCAGACAAGACAGAGAGGAGCAGUGGCCAUCAUCCUCGUGCCAGGAGCUCCUUCAGUCCUGCGCAUAUAGACUGUACAUUACGAAGAAUACACAGGAAGACUUUGUGACUGUCACUUGCUUUUUGCUUUUUCUGCGCUUCAGUAACAAGUGUUGGCGAACGAGACUUUCUCCCGGCCCCCGCCCACCGGGGACUAGCAUGGUUGUCCGUCCAGUCUAAAUCAUCCAUCCUUCUCUUGCCUGAGUGGGAAGGGCGGUGGGCCAGGCAGAGGACAGAACUGGAGGCAGUCCAUCUAGGGAAUGGGACCGUGAGGCCACACUUGUGGAACAUUUGGACUGCCAUUCUGGAGCUUUUAUUUCUGGUGUGUUCGUUGCACAGCUGUUUGAAAUGUUUAAUAAAGCUUUAUAAACUUUA